AUGGCUCUUGGCUGCCAGUGCAUGAACAACUUUGCCAUAGCGGCGUACAAUGUGCGCCUUUUUGCGCUGGUUUACGGUCGACAAUUUGAUGAGGUGCGGCGGAAGUUUGAACAUUUUGUUACUUUAAUUUUCUUGUGUUUUACAGUUCUUUGUGUCCUAUUUCGUUUACGCCAUUUUCUCCUGUUCAAUCAUUCAAAAUGCUUACCAAGUGAAGGCAUCGGACAGCCCAGUCCUGCUGAUGUCUGGCCGAAGCCUCGCAAGUACAAGUACUCCACCAGCACCCAGUUCACGCUGGACAAGGCGAAGUUCCAGUUCUCGACGAACCUCGCCUCCUGUGACAUCAUCAAGGCGGCACUGGCCCGCUACACUGACAUCAUCUUUCUGGACAGCAAGUUUCACGCCGCCGCUGGUCACCCACUGCUACAGCAGGUUGUUGUGGUAGUGGCNUGGCCGAAGCCUCGCAAGUACAAGUACUCCACCAGCACCCAGUUCACGCUGGACAAGGCGAAGUUCCAGUUCUCGACGAACCUCGCCUCCUGUGACAUCAUCAAGGCGGCACUGGCCCGCUACACUGACAUCAUCUUUCUGGACAGCAAGUUUCACGCCGCCGCUGGUCACCCACUGCUACAGCAGGUUGUUGUGGUAGUGGCGCAGGGAACGGCCGCCAGUUGUGGCUACCCAUCGCCCAGUGAGGAUGAGUCGUACAGUGUGAAGGUGCCCACCGAUGGAGCCGCCGGCGUCAUCGAGGCGCAGACAGUGUGGGGCGCCCUGCGCGGUCUGGAGACCUUCAGUCAGCUGGUGUACGCUGACGCCAAGAACCAGCUGCUGAUCAAUGAGACGGAAAUUGAGGACGGUCCCCGGUACCGCUACCGAGGCCUCCUCCUCGACACCGCCCGCCACUACCUGCCCAAGAAGAUUCUGCUGGCUAAUCUGGACGCAAUGGCCUAUAAUAAGCUGAACGCUUUUCACUGGCAUCUCGUCGAUGACCAAAGUUUUCCCUUUGUUUCGCAGAAGUACCCCACCAUUCACCAGAAGGGCGCCUACACGCCCAAACACGUCUACUCGCCAGCAGACGUGCAGGAGGUGAUUGAGUACGCGAGGAUGAGAGGCAUUCGAGUCAUUCCAGAAAUGGACACUCCGGGACACACGCACGCAAUGGCCAGAGCGUAUCCGGAGUUGCUGACGCCCUGCUACAAGAACGGCAAG